AUGACAACAUCGGUUGAUAAAUUAAAUAAGCUUAUUGAAGAAGUUAAUAAUCAAGAUGAAUUACAAUUAAUUGAAGAAAUAAAUCUAUAUAUUAAAACCCUUUAUGAAUUACGACAAGUGAAAAUUGAUCAAUUAUCGAAUAUAAUCCAUCAAUUAAAUCAACAAAUCAUCACUAGUAAUAAAGAAAUUAAUCAGUUAAAUAAAAUCAAUGAUUAUAAUUAUGAAUUAAUUAACGUCAAUAAUUUCAAUUUCGUUAGUCAACAACUGUUUCAAUUUACAAAUUUUGAUCGAUCAUCAUCAUCAUCAUCGGAAUCCACUAACAAUAUUUUUCAAAUGAUAAAUAAACGAUUAAAUGAAUUAGAUAAUUUAAAAGUUGUUAUUGUUAAAGAAUUAACUGAUUUAGAAACAAAUUUAAAUAAUUUGAAAUAUAAACAAAAUAAUUUACAUGAAUCAAUGGAAGAUAUUAAUGAUAAAUUAGAUAAAUUAUUAAAUGAUAUGGAUAAACUGGGGAUAAUGGAACAAGAUCCUUCAAUUUUAAGAAUUAAUUUAUUUAGAAAUUUGGGUAUAAAAUUGGAAAAUAUGCCCCCUAAUGCCAAUAGUGGUGGUGGUGGUGAUAGUAAUAGUAAUAGUAGUAAUAAUAAUAAUACUGAAGAAGAUUGUGUGAUAAUUACUGAUGAUAAUAAUAAUGUCAAUAUAUUGAAUAUUGAACCUAAAUUAAGCGAUUAUUUUAUAUCAAAUUAUAUCUGGGAUAAACUAUAA